AGUGGGAAACAGCGCACAGCUGUGUGUUCUGUUCCGUGGCUACUUGACGCUAGCCGUUAGCCACUCAGCUAAAACGGUGAAAAUAACAGCGGACGGUGAGUUCGGGGGAGAAACGCACACCUCGACAGCGACUUUCCGACUCUCGGUCAACCAUGGGGAAAGGCGGAGGUACAUUCGAAAGGCUUCUGGACAAGGCCACCAGUCAGCUGCUGCUGGAAACCGACUGGGAAUCCAUCCUGCAAAUCUGCGAUCUCAUUCGACAAGGAGACACCCAGGCUAAAUAUGCAAUUGGCGCUAUCAAGAAGAAACUGAAUGACAAAAAUCCACAUGUGGCCCUCUACGCACUUGAGGUCCUUGAGUCUGUGGUAAAGAACUGCGGGCAGACGGUUCACGAUGAGGUGGCAAGUAAACAAACUAUGGAAGAGCUGAAGGAUCUGAUCAAGAAACAGACGGAACCAAAUGUCCGCAGCAAAAUCCUUUACUUAAUCCAAGCCUGGGCCCACGCCUUCCGCAACGAGCCCAAGUACAAAGUGGUGCAAGACACCUAUCAGAUCAUGAAAGUGGAAGGUCACGUGUUCCCCGAGUUUAAGGAGAGCGAUGCGAUGUUUGCAGCAGAACGAGCCCCAGACUGGGUUGACGCUGAGGAUUGCCACCGGUGCAGAGUCCAGUUUGGGGUGAUGACAAGAAAGCACCACUGUCGAGCCUGCGGGCAGAUCUUCUGCGGCAAGUGUUCCUCGAAGUACUCCACCAUUCCCAAGUUUGGAAUCGAGAAGGAGGUCCGCGUGUGCGAGCCCUGCUUUGAGCUGCUGAACAACCACCCUUCCCUCUCUCCUCCGCUCAGGAAAGCCGAGAGCAAGCCGGCGUCCACCGGUACCGGCGGUGCCGAGCUGCCGCCGGAAUACCUCACCAGCCCGCUGUCCCAGCAGUCACAGAUGCCUCCAAAAAGAGAUGAAACAGCGCUGCAGGAGGAGGAAGAGCUGCAGCUGGCCAUCGCACUCUCCCAAAGCGAGGCCGAGGAGAAAGAGAGAAAGAGGCAGAAGAACUCGUACACCGUGUAUCCCAAGGCGGACCCCACCCCGGUCACCUCCUCAGCACCCCCAGUCAGCACCCUCUACACGUCCCCUGUGAAUUCCUCUGCUCCGUCAGCUGAAGAAGUCGACCCUGAGCUGGCCCGUUACCUCAACAGAACGUACUGGGAGAAGAAGCAGGAGGAGGCCCGCAAGAGCCCCACACCCUCGGCGCCGGCCCCCGUGCCAUUGGCCGAGCCGCUGCCGCCGAGCAGUCAGCCUGUCGAAGCGCACGUGCCCACGCAGCCCGUCAGCAUAGUGGAGCAGCAGUACCAGAACGGCGAGUCGGAGGAGAACCACGAGCAGUUUCUGAAGGCCCUGCAGAACGCCGUGACCACUUUCCUGAACCGCAUGAAGAGCAACCACAUGCGCGGGCGCAGCAUCACCAACGACAGCGCCGUCCUGUCCCUCUUCCAGUCCAUCAACAACAUGCACCCGCAGCUGCUGGACAUCCUCAACCAGCUCGACGAGAAGCGGCUGUACUACGAGGGGCUGCAGGACAAGCUGGCGCAAGUGCGCGACGCUCGUGCGGCGCUCAACGCACUUCGUGACGAGCACAGGGAGAAACUGCGCCGCGCCGCCGAGGAGGCGGAGAGGCAAAGGCAGAUCCAGCUGGCGCAAAAACUGGAGAUCAUGCGGCAGAAGAAGCAGGAGUACUUGGAAAUGCAACGGCAGCUGGCCAUCCAGCGCCUGCAGGAGCAGGAGAAGGAGCGCCAGCUGCGUCUGGAGCAGCAGAAGCACACCAUCCAGAUGAGAGCUCAGAUGCCCGCUUUCUCUCUGCCCUACGCACAGAUGCAGUCUUUGCCCCCAAACGUAUCCGGCGGGGUGGUGUAUCAGCCUGGCGCUCCGCCCAGCUACCCGGGCACCUUCAGUCCAGCCAACUCGGUGGAGGGUUCCCCUAUGCACAACAUCUACAUGAGCCAGCCGGGCCAGGGCGCGCCGCCGCAGUACCAGGCCAUGCCCACUGGUGCCGCAGAUCCCAAUAUGGUGAACGCAUACAUGUAUCAACCUGCUGCCAGCGAUGGACACCCCGCUCCGCCUCCAGGUCAGGCCCCGCCAACCACCAGUACGCCCUACUCCAACUACCAGCCCACACCCACGCAAGGCUACCAGAAUGUGGCGUCGCAGGCCCAGAGCUUACCCCCCAUGCCCCAAGCCGGCCACACCAACGGCAUGGGCUACAUGGGCUACCCGCCCUACAGCAUGCAGAACAUGAUUUCGGCACUUCCGGGGCAGGACCCCAACUUGGCCGUCCAACAGCCGUACAUGUCCGGCCAGCAGCCCAUGUACCAACAGGUGGCUCCCCCUGGUGGCCCGCAGCAACCGGCUCAGCAGCAGCAGCAGCAGCCGCCGCAGCCCCCUGCCCAGGUGGUCCCCGGCAGUGCGGAGGCGCAGCUCAUCUCUUUCGACUGAAAGCUGCUGCUACUUGCUUGUGAUCAGGCCUCAAACACUACUACUCUCUUACACUCACGCGCACACACCUCCACCUCACUGUCAUGUCGUGGCAAUGUGAACUAAUGUGAUGAUCUUUACGUUAGUGUGGGAGUGGGUGACACUGCAAAGGGGUGAGCUAUCCCACAUCUCGUUACCGGUUCCUUGUAUUUCCUCCUUCACAAAUAGUCUCUUAUCAAUGAAAUAAGAAAAUACUAAUUACAAUGGGGGGGGUAAAAAGACAAAAAAAAAAAAAAAAAACGCAUUGAUUUUUUAAAAAUUGUAUUCCAGAGUGGAGUCUGUCUGAACACUUUCUUUUUUGACUGAGAGGUGUUAAUAGAAUUUUGUGUGUGUGUUAAAGGAGAGGAAGCACAGUGAGAGGCUUGGAAUGAACAGCACUAACACGUCAUCAGUUUCACAGCUUAACAUUCCCAUUGCUGGUUCCAUCCUCUUCUUCAUCCACACCAACUAACAUUGUAUCUUUUGGUUUGGCCUUUCCUCAUCGUGAAUUGUUUGCGAUUAUUUACAAUUAGCUGGGAGAAGAUUCACUUUUGUGCCACUGAAGCCAUUCCCUAAUAUAAUCCGAUCAUUCAUUUUAUCCACAUGGUGACACCUCUCGUGUUGUAUGCAUCAGCUCAUCUGCCUCCUUUCUAUGUGCGAGUGCGCUCGACGUGCACGAGGGCGAGUGGAAACGCCGCAUGUAGUCCAUCGCCGAUCACCAAUCGGCGCUCUCUGUAACUUUGUGGUCCUUCUUUACUCUAUCAUAGCCAUCUGUCUGGCUUGCAAGUCAUUUUAAAUUUAUAUUUAAUAAAUAACUGGUUCUUAUUGUCCA